GGGAAGAGAGGAGAGGGUGUCCCGUCUGCACGGAGAAACAGACAGACAGCAGAGAACAGCUGCAGCAUUAGGUUCGCGUAGGAUUUCACUGCAUUGCGAUUUAAAAUAUCAAUCAUUUCGUCCCCAAAAAACCCAAGUAGAGCAGCUCGACAAAGCAACUUAAAUAUCAUUUAAAACAUGGUUGAUCGCGAGCAGCUGGUGCAGAAAGCCAGGCUGGCUGAACAGGCUGAGAGAUAUGAUGAUAUGGCAGCUGCUAUGAAAUCGGUAACAGAGCUGAACGAGGCCCUGUCCAACGAGGAGAGGAACCUCUUGUCCGUGGCAUACAAGAACGUGGUCGGUGCCCGUCGCUCCUCCUGGAGGGUGAUCUCCAGCAUUGAGCAGAAGACCUCGGCCGACGGCAAUGAGAAGAAGAUUGAGAUGGUCAGGGCCUACCGGGAGAAGAUUGAGAAGGAGCUGGAGGCCGUGUGCCAGGAUGUGCUCAACCUUCUGGACAACUUCCUGAUCAAGAACUGCAGCGAGACGCAGCACGAGAGCAAGGUGUUCUACCUGAAGAUGAAGGGCGACUACUACCGGUACCUGGCCGAGGUGGCCACGGGGGAGAAGAGGGCCACGGUGGUGGAGUCUUCAGAGAAGGCCUACAACGAGGCCCACGAGAUCAGCAAGGAGCACAUGCAGCCCACCCACCCCAUCCGCCUGGGCUUAGCUCUCAACUACUCUGUGUUUUACUACGAGAUCCAGAAUGCCCCGGAGCAGGCCUGUCAUCUGGCCAAGACCGCCUUCGACGACGCCAUCGCCGAGCUCGACACCCUCAACGAGGACUCCUACAAAGACUCCACUCUCAUCAUGCAGCUGCUCCGAGACAACUUGACACUGUGGACAAGUGACCAGCAGGAUGACGAGGGAGGGGAGGGCAACAAUUAAAGAGAAACCACAUUUCGAAAAAAAAUAUAUGAAGGGCCGGUAGACUUUGGCAGCCGCUUUUGCCGAUGAUACUACCGCAGCAGCAGUUCUUUAUUUUUCCAUGUGUUAAAAGAAAAGAAUCAAAAGAGAGGUGAGAGUGGAGGUUAAAUCUUAGUUUAAAUAUAUAUAGAAAUAUAUAUACAGUUGAAAGGGGCCUCCGUCUUCUUGAUUUUCUCUUUGACAUUUGCCAAAACCACUGAUAUGUCAGUCAAUCAGCCUGAAGUGGUUGUUGUUGGAUUGAAAUGGCAGCCUCACACUGGCAUAGGAACUGAUCUUGUUCUGUCAAGAUAAGCUGCUUAGUUAGGUUUUUGCGUGAUAGAGAUGCAUUUGAGUCACUUGAGAGAGAAAAUGCUUGAAUGGGAAUGCCUCACAAAACUAGUUUGCAUUGGUUCCAGUAGUAGUCUAUAUAUAUGAGAAAGGGCCCUGAAAGCCAUUGAUGUUAAACUCACGCUUAGAACGAGAAAAAAGAGAAAAGUUUUAAACCGAUUAAUCCCCCCCCCCCCCGAAGUAAAAAUUUUAAAGGAUAAAUUACACAGGAGUGAGAAUGAGGACUGGAUAGUAAAAUUAAUUCCCCUUCUUCUGUCUGAAGUGUAUUUGGCAUCUCGCAGAUUAUUCUGUUAUGUCACUGGAACCAUAGAUUCUUUUGGAGGUGAAGGUUACUAAAGGCAGAGACUUAACAAUAUAAAACAAAAAAAUGACAAAAAAAAUAAAUAAAAGCAGCUUCAGAGUUUGUGGUUUACUUCUGUGUUUGUUUUAUUAAAUGCACUUGCCUACUAUACUGUUUCUUCAGUGUAAGAUGAUGACAACAAUAAUAUCGAUUAUUCAAUAUUGUGCAUGCUGGUGAUGUAUUUAUAUACAGUAGCUUGACUUUAUUAACUUAUACUGUGGGUGUUAAGUAUUCAUAUGAUUGAGAAAAACAGGCUUUGUCUGAUGUUGAUUUCUAAUUUCUAAUUUAUUUCGUUUUGUUAUGGUUUUUUGAUUUGCUAUACCAAAAUGGUGAUCGUAAAAAUUGACCUGUAAUGGGCGUUGCUAUAGUGACAUGCAAUAUGUGUAUUUCAUUUGUUAAUGAAAGAAAAAAAAAGGAAGAUAAAAACUCACCAGUGAUCACUUAAUCUUACCAGCUGGUGUUUGUCACAUUGAAGUAUGAUUAUGAUAUAUUUUGUUCUUUGAACAGUAUUUAAGUACUUUUUCUGUCAUGCUAUCCAGUUUUACUAAUGGUGAAGUUUUCAGGCUCAAUGUUUCUGUUAUGAAUUCACAAACAUGGACCAUAUUUUUUUCUGACAGUAUAAAUUUUUUUUGGUUUGUUUGUUUUUAUACAUUUUAGCUGUUCCUGAGUGACAAAAUAUCUUGAAUGUGAGUCAUUAUGUAGCAGUUGCACAAGAACCGAAAUAAUAGCUAUGAUAAUAAAAAAGAAUAUGACUAAAUUAUACAUGCACCAUUUCCGUGGUGGUCUAGUGUAUUGUUGUAUCGUCACCCAUAAGACAAUUUUGUUUUUAAGGAAAACCAUUUCAUAGAAAAAAAAAAUGUUUUGACACUUCUGUUUUGUGCCCAGAGUACAGUAUGUGCUUUCUUUUUGUGCCUGUAUCAUUAUUUGAUAUGCCUCAUUUGCAAGUUAACCUUUACAGAAAAAAAGGAUUUAUCUGCCAGUAUUUGAAGUUCCUGCAAGCAUGUGUGCAAGAUGUAAUAUUUUCCCUUCAAUGGUUCCUCACUUUUACGUGUGUUGGACAGUACUGCUCUCUGUACAGCACAUAGAUAUGAAUAUUCAACACCAAUGCACAAAUAGAGUCACAGGGAAAGCAUGUAGGCAAUUCACUAGAAUUGGUUAUUGAUUAGCAAAUGUGAGAACUCUUCAGAACAAACGUUAGACACUAGGAAGCUGCUUAAGAGCACAGAAAGCUGCUGAACGGAUUUGUCUUCAUAAUGCUGCUAGUUCUAUAGAUUAUUACAUUAAUAUAUUCAUACAGAUGGCAGUUUUGGGGGACUUUUAUUUUUUAUCUCAGAUGUGAUGGCUUAAGAGAGAAACCAGAAGCCUUAAGGUCAGUCACACAACCUCGUUCAUGUAUGCCAAUUAUGUCACCGUCAUGAGUCAGCCUCCGUGAGCUCACACUGUAUGUCACAGCUGCUUUGAUUUAUUUUUAACGUAGUAUAAAGUUGAUGGUCUCAAAGGCUCGCCAGACAAAUAGCAUGAAAUCCUAAUCUGCACAACUGCUCACACUGCUUAUGAAUAUUUGAAUGGAGUCAAAUCACUUUCAUGUUUAAGUUUUGUUUGUUAAAACAAGUGGAAACUGAAUUUAUUUUUCUCACUUUUUUUUCUGUUUCAAUAUGUUUUGAAGAACCAUGUCAGGAGACUUUCACUCAUUGCCAAGAAUACAUGCAUUGUGUUCCCUUUUAAUUCAUUUGUCAGGGCUACCUCCUGUGGUUUGUGUUUUUAUUUUUAAGUUUUCAUUAAUUUGGAUGUUGAUCCUUGUUUUAUGUGACAUGAAAACAUACAAAUACAAGAAAUGAGGAGAAAAUAAAUUAUAUUUUAAUCACAAAUCAGAUUUGAGAAGAGCUGACCUACUGGAAAUUAGCAAGGGGAAAGGUGGGCGAUAGAUGAAAAUGAGAUACAAAUUGUAUGCUCUGAGGAAUUUUUGGUUGCCAUCUGUUGCCCAUUAAAGUUAUUUGUUUAUCGGUA